AAGUUGCUGGCAGGUGGCAUUUGGCGGGUGCACUGCCGGAAGUCGUGAGGUUCGGCGGCCAAAGGAGGAAGAGCGAGAAAGGCUCAUUACAAGUUACUGACUGAGGAACGAGCUUAGGGUCCCGCGUCCCUCGGUCGCAGCUGCCUGGCGGGAAAAAGCCAUCCUCAGAAUUGCAGUUCAGAGGAUCAAGAUGUUGUCCAACUUGAGAAUAUUUGCAGUGACUCAUCAGAAAAUAUCCAGAUUGCACAAUAAUAAUAUGUGUUGCUGUAACAUAAAAACAAAUUUAAAGAGAUUAAAGCUGCAUAUACCUGUUGAAAGAAAUUACAGUUCCGUACCAGUCUUACCAGGAAAUGAUAUCAAAUCCCUUCAUUCUAUCAUCAGUCCUCCUAUGGCUAAAAUCCGUAAUAUUGGAAUUAUGGCCCAUAUCGACGCAGGCAAAACUACCACUACAGAAAGAAUAUUGUAUUAUUCUGGAUACACAAGAUCACUGGGAGAUGUUGAUGAUGGAGACACAGUGACAGAUUUCAUGGCUCAAGAGCGAGAAAGAGGCAUUACUAUUCAAUCUGCUGCUGUCACAUUUGAUUGGAAGGGGUAUAGAGUCAAUCUAAUUGAUACACCAGGUCAUGUGGACUUUACCUUGGAGGUUGAGCGCUGCCUUAGAGUGUUGGAUGGUGCAGUGGCUGUAUUUGAUGCAUCUGCUGGUGUAGAGGCACAAACUCUUACAGUAUGGAGGCAAGCUGAUAAACACAGUAUACCUCGAAUCUGUUUUUUAAACAAGAUGGACAAAACUGGAGUAAGUUUUAACUAUGCAGUAGAGAGCAUCAGAGAGAAGUUGAAGGCAAAGCCUUUGCUUUUACAGUUACCAGUAGGUGAAGGCAAAUCUUUCAAAGGACUGGUGGAUGUAGUAAGUAAAGAAAAACUUCUUUGGAAUCCCAGUUCAGAUGAUGGAAAAAUCUUUGACAGAAAACCUCUCUUGGAAAUUAGUGAUCCUGAAUUACUGAAAGAGACAACUGAAGCAAGAAAUGCCUUAAUUGAACAAGUUGCAGAUUUGGAUGACAAAUUUGCUGACUUAGUUCUAGGAGAAUUUAGUGAAAAUUUUGAUUUGCUUCCAGCUGAAAAGCUACAGACUGCAAUACGCAGAGUAACACUGGCUCAGACAGCAGUGCCUGUGCUUUGUGGAAGUGCCCUGAAAAACAAAGGUAUACAGCCCUUGUUAGAUGCUAUUACUAUGUACUUACCGUCACCUGAAGAGCACAACUAUGAAUUUCUGGAGUGGUAUAAGGGUGACUUAUGUGCACUGGCAUUUAAAGUUCUCCAUGACAAGCAACGUGGACCAUUGGUUUUUAUGCGCGUUUACUCUGGCACAAUAAAACCCCAGUUAGCCAUCCAUAAUAUUAAUGGAAACUGCACGGAGAGAGUAAGUCGUCUGCUUUUGCCAUUUGCUGAUCAACAUGUAGAAAUCUCUUCUCUUACUGCUGGUAAUAUUGCUUUGACUGUUGGACUUAAACACACUGCCACUGGAGACACCAUUGUCUCAUCCAAGUCCUCUGCAUUAGCUGCAGCUCGUCGAGCUGAAAGGGAGGGAGACAAGAAGCGCAGGCAAAAUAAUGAAGCAGAGAGACUUUUAUUGGCUGGAGUAGAGAUUCCAGAACCGGUUUUUUUCUGUACUAUAGAACCUCCUUCAGUGGCCAAGCAGGCAGAUUUGGAUCAUGCAUUGAAGUGCCUUCAACGUGAAGAUCCCAGUUUGAAAGUGAGGCUAGAUCCUGACUCUGGACAAACUAUCCUAUGUGGUAUGGGGGAAUUACAUAUUGAGAUUAUUCAUGAUCGAAUAAAGAGGGAAUAUGGACUGGAGACCUAUCUAGGGCCUCUCCAGGUGGCAUAUAGAGAGACCAUCUUGAACUCAGUUCAUGCUACAGAUACCUUAGAUAGAACUUUAGGAGACAAACGGCAUUUUGUGACUAUAGAACUAGAAGCAAGGCCACUUGAAAUAUCAUCUGUUAUGCCGGUUAUCAAGUAUGCUGAGAAUAUUAGUGAAGACCUUUUGCAGGCCUCACAAGAGGCUCUUGAAAAUGGAAUUCACAGUGCAUGCCUCCAAGGACCAUUGCUUGGAUCCCCAAUUCAGGAUGUGGCAAUUACUUUACAUUCACUAGUAGUUCGUCCUGGUACCUCCACAACUAUGAUCUCUGCCUGUGUCUCAAGAUGUGUACAAAAGACUCUCCCUGGUCUCCAUUCCAUGAAGAUGAUUUUGUGGAGGAAGAACUCCUACCUAAAACAUUACCUGUGGGGUCUGGACUGCUAUAUGCUGCUGGCCAUCAUUGCGCUGAGACUUUCUCUCAAAUUGAAAUUUCACUUUGCAUCUGAUCUGGAAUCCAAGGACUUUCUAAGCCGGCAUUAUAGGGAUAUAUUGUACAACUCCCUGAAGCUGCCAGCAAAGAGGUACAUCAACUGUUCUGGGAUCAUCCAAGGCCAGGCAGCAUUGAUCCAGGCUCACCUGGACAACCUGGAGACCAAGAAGAAGCAGAAGCCUUUCACAGCUGCUGACUACCUCAUCCUAACUAGAGACUGCGAGCACUUUAAGGCCAAAAGGAAGUUUAUACAGUUCCCCUUGAGCAAAGAAGAAUCAGACUUCCCUAUUGCAUAUUCUGUGGUGGUCCAUUAGAAGAUUGAAAACUUUAAAAGGCUGCUGCAAGCUGUAUAUGCCCCACAGAACAUAUACUGCAUCCAUGUGGAUGAGAAGUCUCCAGAAACUUUCAAAAAGACCAUCAAGUCUAUUAUUUCAUGCUUCCCAAAUGUCUUCAUGGCCAGUAAGCCGGUCCGGGUGGUUUAUGCCUCCUGGUCUAUGAUGCAGGCUGACCUCACCUGCAUAGAAGACUUGCUCCAGAGCUCAGAGCCAUGGAAGUAUUUCCUCAAUACAUGUGAGACAGACUUUCCUCUAAAGACCAAUGCCGAGAUGGUUCAGGCCCUCAAGAUGUUGAAUGGGAAGAAUAGUAUGGAGUCAGAGAUUCCUUCCGAAUACAAAAAAAUUGCUGUAUCACUAUUUGAUAACAAUGCACUGUCUAAGACCAGCAAGCAGAAGGACCCUCCCCCUUAUAAUUUACAUAUGUUCACAAGGAAUGCCUGUGUUGUGGCUUCUUGAGACUUCAUCCCAGAGAACCCCAAAUCCCAACAACUGAUAAAAUGGGUAAAAGAUACCUAUAGCCCUGAUGAGCACCUCUGGGCCACCCUUCAGCAUGCACUGUGGAUGCCUGGCUUUGUUCCCUACCAUCCUAAGUGUGACAUCUCAGACAUGGCUGCCAUUGCCAGGCUGGUCAAGUGGCAGGGCCGUGAGGGAAACAUCAUUGAGGGGGCACCUUAUGCACCUUGCACUGGAAUCCACCAGCAGGCUAUUUGUAUUUAUGGGACUGGGGACCUGCAGUGGAUGCUUCAGAACCAUCAUUUGUUGGCCAACAAGUUUGACCCAAGGGUGGAUGAUAAUGCUCUCCAGUGCUUAGAAGAAUAUUUAUAUUAUAAGGCCAUCUAUGGGACUGAACUCUGAGACAUGCUUUGAGAGAAUUGCUUCCUGCAGGACUCGAACUUGUGCACACAUGCCCAGAAUUUGCUGGGACAGUUGUAGGGGUGGGAGACUAGGGCUCUGGAAUCCAUGGCAAUCCCCAGGGUAAGGGGACUGCUAUUGGAGUGUGGGUAAGUAGAUCUGCUGCCUUGCUAAUUACUGCCCUACGUGAAUGCUGACUAAUCUCUUACCCUAUCUCCAAUAGCUCCACUAAUUUUCUCAGAGUAAGAUGGAGAGGGAGAGUAAAGGAGGAAAGUGUAGCAGGAAACCCUGGAUUUCAGGCAAAUGCUUUAAUGUCAGCUUUUCUCUCUGUGGAGAUGACUUUCCUAUUAAGGGGGGAAGGGAGGAAGAGUGCUUCACUAAGGAAGAGCACCCAAAAGAUAGCUUGAUGGAAAGUUGUACUAUCAACUUAAAAAUAAAUAGUUCCUGAUUCAAA